GACCUCUUCCUCAAAACCCUAAUUGAAGUGCGGGAAAUAUCAAGAUAAUGGGCGGUUCGAGGAGGAGUUACAAGCGUUCGAAGCCGAAGGUAAAAGUUGGACUGCCGAAGAAAAACCCUCGAAUAUUCAAACCAGCAUUCCAUCUCCCACCGAAAUUGAAGACUCUUUUGGACCCCGAUUCAAAAUGGGACGAUAAGGCCAGUGUAAUCGAGAAUUACAAGUCAUUUGGCGUCGUUUCGAACCCUAAUUUUCUCGGAGUCCGCUCUCGCACCCCUCACAUGGUCGAGAGCGACGCCCUCCAGGUCCCUGCCCAAGACGCCACCCCAGUGGACGAGUUUGAGCCAAUUGAUUCCGGCAGCGACCUCGAAGAAGAUGACUUGAAGUCAGCCCUUGGCAAGAAACGGACAGAUGGGAAGCAUGCGCCCCUUCAACCACUGACAAAAAUCCAACGAAUUCAUGUUGGUCGAUUGGUAGAAAAAUAUGGAGAUGACUAUCAGAGCAUGUUCAUGGAUAUCAAAUUAAACAAGAUGCAACAUUCAGUAGCGACACUGGAGAAACUAUGUAAACGAUAUAAUGUGUGCAAAGAUAAGAACCCUUUGAUAGUUGGUUCUUGAGAGUGGUAUAACUUAAUUUAGAAGUAUGUAGUUGGCUUCGUUGUUGUAGUCUGGGUAACUAUCUCCCCUUGUGACGAAGUGCACGAUUUUGUUGUCACAGACUCACUGUUGUUAUCUUUGUUAUUUGUCUCAACAAUAUAUUGGUGAUUUGAAUUGAUGGAAGUUCCUUGGUAAUUGGAGUCGUAUGAACACAUCACGGAAAACUCGUGGUAAAGGUA